GACAGGAAGCGGAUAUAAGAAAAUUGACAAAAUGGCGGCGCGCAUCUCUGCAGAUGAACCUGAAAUAUCACAGGAGAAAUUAGAACCAGGCACAGUUAGAGUGAAAAAUGACCCCGGCAAAAUAAAUCCCGAAAGUUCUGCAUCUGGAGGUUCAGAAACUACUAAAAAACCAACAUGUAUUAUUGUGCUCGGAAUGGCUGGUUCUGGCAAAACAAGUUUUGUACAGAGAAUGACAGCACAUCUUCAUGCCAAGAAAAAUCCUCCUUAUGUAAUAAAUCUUGAUCCAGCAGUUUUAGAAGUCCCCUUUCCUGCAAACAUAGAUAUUAGAGAUACAGUUAACUAUAAAGAAGUAAUGAAACAUUAUUCCUUAGGGCCAAAUGGUGGUAUUGUCACAUCUUUGAAUUUAUUUGCAACUCGUUUUGAUCAAGUCAUGACAUUUAUUGAGUCAAAAUCUUCAGAAUGUCAGUACGUAGUUUUAGACACACCUGGUCAAAUUGAGGUAUUUACAUGGUCAGCAUCAGGGACAAUUAUCACAGAAUCUUUGGCAUCCAGUUUUCCCACUGUUAUAGUGUAUGUGAUGGACACGCCACGCAGUGUCAACCCAGUCACCUUUAUGUCCAAUAUGUUGUAUGCUUGCAGUAUAUUGUACAAAACCAAACUGCCAUUUAUCAUUGUUAUGAACAAGAUUGAUAUAAUCAGCCACAGUUUUGCCCAAGAGUGGAUGACAGACUUCGAAUCCUUCCAAGAUGCUUUGGAUCUGGAGACCUCAUACUCAUCCAAUUUGACACGGUCUAUGAGUCUCGUGUUGGAUGAAUUUUACAUGGCCAUUAAGAAUGUUGGGGUAUCAGCUGCCACUGGGGAAGGCUUGGAUGAGUUUUUUGUCAAAGUAGAUGAAGCUUCUGAAGAAUAUGAAAGAGAAUACAAACCAAUGUAUGAAAGACUAAGGAAAGAAAAAUCACUCAAGGCUGAAGCCAGGAAAAAAGAAGACAAAGAAGCUUUCUUAGCUGACCAUGCAGGGGGUGAUGCUCACAGCACUGUUAAAAAUAAACUCCUUGACAAUGUGUCAGAAAAAAUUGUCAUUCAACCCCAGGAUGAUGACGAUGAUGAUGACAGUGAUGAUGAGUUUACACAAGCACAUGGAAAUUCUGAUGAUGAAAAGAACUUAGAAGAAAAAUCUUUCAGACGAUAUUUGGAUGCAAGACGACAGCAGCAAGCAAAAAAAGUUGUCAAUAAGGACUUACCAACCUAGAACUAAUGUUGCAUUAUCGACUGUGGUGUUAUAUAAAAGAUACAGUUGUGCUUUUUUUGUUCAUUUAAAUGAAGUUCAUGUUGAAGUCUUCAUGUCCUUGCAAAAAGUGGCCCGGUGUUCUUAUUGAGGUUUGAUUUCCCUCUUAUGAGUUCUCUCUCUAGUGGACUACUGUUCAAUGUUUAAGCUAGGUACUAAUUGAUGAAGGUGGAUUUUAGUAUCUUAAUCUCCUUACCUUAACUUGACAAUUUCUUGGGUCAUCUUUCUGUGUUGAACUGCUGCAUUUAAUUACAACAGGUAGAGUUGUGACAGGUUCGAUAACAAUAAAAAAACAAUUUUAAGUUAUCUGCCCUCAUUUUGUAAAUAGAUGUUCA